AAUUUAUAAGACUUAGACUUAACAUUAUGUGUUGUGUAGUUGUAAUUGUGAUAUUAUAAUCGUUCGUAUUAUAUUGCAGUACAUACAGAUCGUUUUAAAAAUAAUGUAUUUUACUGAUAAAGUUCAAAAUUAAUUAGUUCCUUACAAAUAUAUUUUAGUGGUUAAUAAACAUCACAGUGAUAUAAUUUAUGAGUACAUAAUCGUAAAAUAUUGUUUAGUGAUAUUUCUAUAAUUUAUCUUGUAUAUUAUAAGAUUUCGCUUCAAUAUUAAUUCGACAUUAGCCAUGAAGGUGGUGUAUUCCUGUUUAUUAUUUUUAUGUUUAAUUUUUGGAAUACACGUUUUUUGUGACAGAAUAUUUGAAAAACGACAAACUGUUUCAUCAUGUAAAAUUGAAAAUCAGUAUACAUGUAUAUCUGGCCAAUGUAUUAAUGGAACAUUAACUUGUGAUGGAACUCCAGAUUGUAUCGAUGAGUCAGAUGAAACUUUAGCAUUAUGUGAAACAGUUCAGUGUGAAAAUUAUAAAUUUCGGUGUAAGUAUGGGGCUUGUGUAAAUAAAGAAUGUAAAUGUGAUGGUGUAAAACAGUGUGCUGAUGGGUCUGAUGAAGAAAAUUGUCCUGGUCCUAUUUCAAUCUCUGCGGAUACAUCAACACUAAAAUUUGUUAAUGAUACAACAGAACUAAAGACGGAGUCCAAUAAAAAGAGGAAUGCAUGCAUUCUACCGAGUCUUGAAGGAGUUAUAUAUUCCUACGAAGGUUCUGAUGAAAUUUUAUCUCGUGGAACAUUGAUAAAUAGUAAUCGAACUAUAAUUGAGAACUGUGAAAUUGGAUAUCAUAAGGCUUACCCCAAUAGUUCUAGGGUUUGUCAGAAUAAUGGAAAAUGGACAUCAAAAUAUGAGAAAUUAUGUUUCAAGUGCGGUAGAUCGUAUAUCAGACAUCAAUUAUUGAUCGAUAAUGGUUGGACAGCAAAUGUUGGAACAGCGCCUUGGAAUGUAGGAAUAUAUCGAUUUAAUAAAGAGGAUUCCGAGUAUGACUUGAUAUGUGGAGGAUCGCUAAUCGCUCCAAAUUUAGUCGUUUCUGCGGCUCAUUGUUUUUGGCAAUAUGGUAUGCUAUCUAAUCAAAUAUCAAUAAACGAUGGUCUAUAUAGGAUUGCUGUUGGGAAAUAUGACAGAAAUUACACUGUUAUUGACAAUGAUUUUACUCAAAUAAUGGAUGUGGAAACAAUUUAUCUGAAAGAAGACUAUUAUGGAUAUGAUCGAUUCUAUUCUGAUGAUAUAGCUGUUAUCGUGUUAUCGAACAGAAUUAAUAUUAGUGAUGCUGUUGCACCAAUUUGUGUUGAUUGGAAUUGUAGUUAUAAUGUAACAAAUGGAACUCAAGGAAAGAUUGUUGGUUGGGGAAAUACGGAAAAACACAUACCAAGUCCAGUUUUAUUAGAAGCAACUUUACCGUACAUUGAUUAUAAUUCUUGUCGAAGCAUGUAUACAAAUGACUUUAAAAAGUUUGUCACUUUUGAUAAAUUUUGUGCCGGAUCUACAUCAGGACAAGGAGUUCGUGAAGGUGACAGUGGUGCAGGUUUAACGUUUAUUCAUUCUAAUUUCUAUUAUUUAACCGGAAUAGUGAGUCUUAAGGAUCCAAAUACAAAUAAUUCAAUUGCAGUUUUUACUAAUGUUAGCACCCACAUUAAAUGGCUUCGUGAAAUGUAUAAUAAUUAUACAUCUUACGAAAGUGAUAAUAUGCCGGUUAAAAAAAAUGCAUGUGUUUUGCCAACUGUGGAAGGUAUUGUAUAUACUUAUGAAGAUUCAGAUGAAAUUUUACCUCACGGGACAUUAAUUAAUCCUGAUCGCACUGUAAUUGAGAACUGUGAAGUUGGAUAUCAUAAAGCUUACCCUAAAAGUUCUAGGGUUUGUCAGGAAAAUGGAAAAUGGAUAUCGGUUAUUAAAAAAUUAUGUUUCAAAAUGUGUCCGCCUUUAUUAUCAACUAGUUUAAAUGUUAAAUGUACUCUAAAUGGUAAUUAUGUUGAUUGUUCAAAUCCAUCAGUAAAUGGUACAAAAGCAAAACUAUCAUGUAAGUUUAAAGAUUCACUACCAGGUGGACAAGAUGAUAAUCCAAUUCAAUUACGUUGUCAGUCUAAUGGAAUGUGGAAUAAUUAGCUAUAUAAAUACGUUCCACGUAAUUGUAUUCAUUUUAUUAUAGUUACUCAUUUAUUCUUAUCUUACUUUAUUAUUUUACUUUUUUUAUGUGUUUAUUAUAAAAGUUGAAAUUUAAGAUGACCAAAAAAUUGUUUGUUGAGGUUCAAUCGUUUUAUAUACAUUUUUAAGUGGAAUUCAACCUAAUAU